GCUGCGCCUUCUCUCUUCUCUCCGGUCCCGUCUGAGCAGAGCGCACUUGUUCCCGUCCACACCGCAGCUGCGCUGCCAGACCCGCGUACGCACGGCUGCUCCACGGCCGGCCUGGUCCCAGCAUCCGACAACUGUUUCCACGCCGCUUUUUUUUUCUUCCUGUCAAUAAAAGGGAGCGAGAGAGAGAGAGAGAGAAAAAGAGAGGAGAGAGAGUGAAGACAGAAGCAGGAGGUGGAGGGAAGAGGAAAGAGGUCGCUGAGUCUCUAUCCACCGAGAAGAUGCUGAGGAUAGUCGUGCUGGCCGUGGCGGCUCUGGGGAUGAGCGCCGCUCGCAGCAAAGUGAACAAACACAAGCCCUGGAUUGAGACAUCAUACCAUGGCGUGAUCACUGAAAACACUGAUAUCGUUCUGUUGGACCCUCCUCUGGUGGCCCUCGAUAAAGAUGCCCCCAUCCCCUAUGCAGGGGAGAUCUGUGCAUUCAACAUCCACGGGCUGGAUGCUCCGUUCAAGGCAGUGGUGCUGAAUGGAACAUCUGGUGAGGGUCAGCUGAGGGCACACAGCCUGGUGGACUGCGAGCUGCAGAAAGAAUACACCUUCAUCAUCCAGGCUCAUGACUGCGGUUCAGGCCCUGGGGGGACAGAGGGCAAGAAGUCCCACAAGGCGGUGGUGCACAUUCAGGUCAACGAUGUGAACGAGUUUGCCCCAGUGUUUCGGGAGCCUGAGUAUCGAGCUGCAGUGACGGAGGGCAAGAUUUACGACAGUAUCCUGCAAGUUGAAGCCACAGAUCAGGACUGUUCUCCACAGUACAGCCAGAUCUGCAACUACCAGAUAACCACCACAAACACACCUUUUGCUAUAGAUCGAAAUGGUAACAUCCGGAACACGGAGAAGCUGAGCUACGACCGCCAGCAGCAGUAUGACAUCCAGGUGACGGCGUGGGACUGUGGCCAGAAGAGAGCGUUGCACAGUGUCACUGUGCACAUUGACGUCAAGCCAGUCUGCAAACCUGGCUGGCAAGGUUGGAAUAAACGAGUGGACUAUGAGCCGGGAACAGGCAGUAAGCCGCUGUUUCCUAAAAUGCACCUGGAGACCUGCGGCGAGCCCUUGUCCUCAGUGAGGACCACUGUGGAGCUGCAGACCAGCCACAUCGGGAAGGGCUGUGACCGGGAGACCUACUCCGAGAAAUCUCUACAGAAACUCUGUGGCGCCUCAUCUGGCAGCACGGACCUUCUCCCUGCUCCCAGCACCGCGACCAAUUGGACAGCUUCCCUCGUGUCCGACAGUGGGAGGGACAGCGACUUGAUCUUCAGAUUUGACGGUCGUCAGGCAGCUAAAAUCCCCGACUGGGUGGUACCACAGAAUCUGACAGACCAGUUCACCAUAGCAACGUGGAUGAAGCACGGGCCCAGCCCUGGGCUCAGAGCUGAAAAGGAGACACUGCUCUGUAACUCUGACAAAACUGAGAUGAAUCGCCAUCACUACUCGCUCUAUGUCCAUAACUGCCGCCUGGUGUUCCUGCUGAGGAGAGACUUCACCCAGAUAGACACCUUCAGACCGGCAGAGUUCCACUGGAAACUGGAGCAGAUAUGUGACAAGGAGUGGCAUUAUUACGUCAUCAACGUGGAGUUCCCAGCGGUGACGCUGUACGUGGACGGAGUCUCCUACGAUCCCUAUCUGGUGACGGACGACUGGCCCAUCCACCCAUCGCAGAUUGAUGUGCAGCUCACUGUUGGCGCCUGCUGGCAAGGUGGGGAAGUGACCAAGCCACGUUUCACUCAGUACUUCCGGGGAAGCCUAUCAGGACUGACCAUCCGACCAGGGAAGAUUGAGAGUCAGAAAGUUAUUUCCUGUCUGCAGGCCUGCAAAGAGGGACUGGACAUUAACUCCCUUGAGAGCCUGGAUAAGAGUAUAAAGUUCCACUUCAACCCAGCUCAGUCUAUCCUGGUGAUGGAGGGAGACGACUUGGAAAAUCUCAACACGGCUGUGAGGAAGGUUUCCUACAUAAACUCUCGACAGUUUCCCACACCUGGCAUUCGGCGCCUGCAAAUUUCCACCACUGUUCAGUGUUUUGGUGAGGACACAUGCAUCACCAUUCCUGAUAUUGAUGCCGUAGUGAUGGUGCUGCAGCCCAGUGAGCCCAGGAUCACCAUCACCGGAGUGGAGAGACUCAUUCGUCCUGCUCCCGACUUUAGAGCCUCAAGAGGCAUCGCUCUGUUCCAGGACCUGCACAUCUUCAGUACCGUCACCAGGGCAGACACCAAUGCACAUCACACGGCACAUCAGCCCGGCGUGCUGGAAGAGAUCAUUCAUAACUUGGACUACUGUGAUGUCCUGGUGUUGGGGGAGGAGCUGAACCCCGAUCAAGAGUCUCUCCAACUUCAGCGAAGCUCUUUGCUGGGAAAACACCUGGAUGCCACCAACUCCACCUCUGGCAUGUCCAUAUAUGGUGUAGACUCCAUGUCAAACUAUGAACAGGUGAUCCGACAGGUACGCUACUCUAGCUGGCGGCCCGGACAGAUAACAGAGAGAAGAUUUCGCCUGACCUGCUCAGAGCUUAACGGACGUUACACCAGUAAUGAGUUCAAUCUUGAGGUGAGCGUCCUGCACACUUCAGAGGCACGAGAACACGUCAGUCACAUGGUCGCCCCACCUCAGUACAUGCAGAUUGUGCACCACCCAUCUAUGAUCAACGACCUUUACCCCAACCAUGUCUCAGGUGUACCGAGCGCUGCCACGGUGGUCAUUGUGAUGUGCAUCGCCGCCCUGGUGGUGGUGGUAGUGCUGGGCAUAUACCGCAUCCAUGUGACCCACCAGCAGGAGGGGAAGCUGGAGGAAUCCACUAAAGAAGCAGAUGGGAGCUGGGACGCCUCAGCUCUGACAAUCACGGUCAACCCGAUGGAGAACCUGGAGGAGCCCCAGCAUGGAGAAGAGGAGGCCAGUGAGGAGGAGGAGGAUGAGGAUGAUGAUGAAGAGGAGGAUGAGGAUGAUGAUGAAGAGGAUGAGGAGGAUGACAUCACCAGUGCUGAGUCAGAUGACAGCGAGGAAGAAGUGGAUGUUCAGCUACCAGCAAGGAUGCAGCGCUCAAGCAAGAAGGGCCAGAGCUGGGACAAAACAACAAUACGUUAUUAAAACACACACACACACACACACACACACACACUACUACCCCGACUCUCUCUCUCUCCUUCUCUCUCUCUCUCACUCGCUCACUCACUGACUCACUCACUCCUCUCUCUCUUUCACUCUCUCUCUCUCUCUGUCUCUCGCUCACUCUCUCACCCACACACACACACACACACACACACACACACACGUACAUUCUGCAAAACAUCCUUACUGAAUCCUUAAAUCAGAUGGUUAAAACAGAACAAAAGACUUUUUGAUGUUGAUGCUCUAAAUGUAAGGUAAUGUUGUCCCCUACUGGAAGAUUCCACUAUAACAUCAACACAUACAGGAGUGGUUUCAUCGUAGCUUUGUCAGAAAGCUUCUUGUUUUAUACAGAUGAGAAAAAUAAUGCCACUAACACGGCUCGCCAAUCGUCACUCUUGAAGGAGCAGUUUUCCAAAUUGACGUCAUGCCCUUAGAGACGUUAUAUCUCUCCCUCACUUCAGUUCACACUGUUACUACAGUGAAAUCAACUUCUGUGAAACCCGUUCUGUCCGUCCUGCACCAUACAUUCAAGUUAAUGUGUGUAACUUCACAGUGAGAUUUCUGAUGUCCCACAUCAAAAAUGCAAACAACCUUUAUUUAAGAGAAAUACGUUACAAAAGUAAAGAAAAUGAGACUAUUUUUGGUUUGUAUACUUAUUAUUUAUCUGUCUUUAUCUAGCCAAUGUGGCAAAGCCAGGUGAUUUUACAGAAAAAAAGCAUAUUUUCAAUGAUACUCAUAAAGAAACAAACAAAAAAAAGGUGAAGCGGUGUGCUGUUGCAGGCGUUAUGUUUAAGUAGCCGCAGGGUCUGUGUCUCCUUGUACAUUUUUAUACGCAACCUUCGUGUAAAUAUUGAGUAUAAUAUGUGCCCCUAAUCGCCCCCCAAACAUCCUUCCCCAUGAUGUCUACCCAGAAACCUUCCUCUCCACCUGUACACAACACACAUUCCCUCUACAUGUGUAUGUGUGCAUCGUGAACCCUUAGCCUGCAGGUGUCCCUCUCCAAAACAGCACCCUCGAGUCACGUGUGUGUGUUUCUAGCUCAGCGUUCACAUCAUUCCGGCUGACCGGGCUUCGUCUGGGUGGGUGUGCCACUGUCUCCACAGCAACUGGGUCAAAUAAGGUGUUUUCGUAGAGGAAAAGUGGGUGAUACUAGGCCAAAUCAAAAAGAAAACAGCAUGCUUGUUACUAUUGGUGCUCAUAUGUUACAUGAAGAGGUCUAAACUCCUCGCUCCUGCAUGAGUUGUGAGACGGUCAAAAAAAUCCCAAUAUCCGAUAAAAUCAACAGGCCAGAUCCAACACUGAUGUUUUAAAAUGGGGAGAACUUUACGAAAGAAAAUGAAAUAUUACAAACCGCCACGGAGUCCAGAGCAGGUUGGGUUCAGGACUUUUGCCACUGAAUGAACCAUUUACUUUGGCUGAAAAGCCUCACGUGAAGAGAGAGAUAAGACCCGAGGUUUCUUUGCUCUGGUCUUCCUGAAGCAGAGAGAACUACAAGCUCGAUGAAGCGCUUCAGGUUAGGUUCCACUUCUGGGUUUGGGCUGAGAUUGUGCAACCCCAGUGACAGCUGGGAUCUGUGCUGUGGAGCAGCAGCGGAGCUUCAGCUUCAGGUUCAAUUCUCCGUUCUAGGUGUCACAAGGAAGUUCACUUGUUACUGCAACACCUUAACAUAAUACCUGCGCAGGAAAUAUAACCUGCAGAGUAGGUUAUGUUGAAGAUGUACAAGAACCUCCCCCUGACCUAUCAGAUCUCAAAGAAAAAUUAAAAAAAUAAGAGACACUGAAGCAUUAACAGUCAAGGAAUCCCUUCUCUCAUCUCUCUCUGUCAAAGUCAGAAAAUAUCUGAACCAUUUGACUUUUUCUGAGAAGCAUUUUCAUGACAAAUAUCUCGACUGAAGGAAAUUAAGCAUAACACACACUGAUUACUUUGAAGUUUAUUUCUUUUUUUACUUAAAUAACUGGAAUUAAUAGCAAAUUUUCUUUUUAGUGUUAAUUAAUUAAAAUUAUCAUUAAACUAUGAAAGAUCUCCUCGCCGUUUUCUUAAUGAGCAUAUGAGCUUGCAGCAUAUUGUACUCAUCAAGCUGCAUUAACUUACGUCUGCAGUCAUAUCCCCAAUGAUCAAGAUUAAUUUUUAGUUUAAAUAAAUCAAUUUGCAACAAAAAAUAUUUUUUUAUGGAGUUAAGCUUGGGUAACAGAAAAUCCACUCACAUCUGUAUAAAACUGCCUCUGACUGCACUGAAUGUUUGUUUGAUUUAAUGUAAAACAUUUACAACAGCCAUUAUUGCACUGAAAGAAUAAAACUGAAACCUAUUGGGAGGAAAAACACCUGCACAACAUACAUUUAAUAAAACACACACUCAUAAAUUGUCAGUUCCAUUUAUGCUUUGAUAAAGUGACACAUCUACCAGUAGCACAUACUGUACACACGGUUGGCGUGAGUGACCAUUUUUUGUCAGGUUUCUUCCCUGAUUUGGCUGCAGCAUUUGUGUUGCUGUUAACAUGAAUUGUACCAUAACCAACAAUAAUAUUUUGUACUUUAAGUUAUAAAGUAAUCACUCCAGAGCCAUGAUUGUAAUUGGUCAUCGACGCCAACGCUGUCCUUGUAUGGAUUAAUAUGAAUGUGCACAGAUCCAGAACCGAAAAAACCUAGGUUGAUUUAACAAGUUGAUAACCAGCUUCAUGCCAUCUUAGCGCAAUCGUGAUCAAGAGUUAAGUCAAAAGAAACCCUGGCUGAGUUGAACCUGCUUGGUCAUCUAGUACUCUGGUGAUCCUGUGCAAACUCGGGACACCCCAGUACAAAAUCUGUAGGUUUCUUCAUUUCUAUGAGGAGUUGAAGCAUGUUUGAACUCAUUGUGGUUUUACAACUUAGGACUUGAAUGUUGUGGCUCAGUCUUGCCUUCUACAUGGGCCUUAAUUCCAGCUGCUGAUAAUCAUUUUCAACUAAAAAAAAAAGACAGAAAAAGAAAUGUUCAUGUCCUCCGUGAUGGCACGAGUCUUUGAUAACUAGCUGAUCAUGGAAUUAAUAUCUGAAUGACCAAACAUGUUUUAUCAAAACUGGAGGACAUAGAGACAGGGUUUAGAUGAGAAUCUGUGUUGGACGCUGGACAAAUUCCACUGUUGUUCUGUAUUUGUUUAAAGUCUGUGUGUACGGUCAAUUUCUGCAAAUGCUUUGGCCAUAUAAACUGUAUAUAGUAUAUUGUUCCCAAAAAAUAACUAUUAAAGCAGAUUUGAGGCGUUUUCUUGGCCUUGUUUGACCUUAUUACUUACCAAUGACCAUCAUAAUUUUACCAAAUAUUUGAGCUAAAUCGAUUAAUGAAAAUGUACCAGUAACAGAAGCCCAGCGGAUGAUUCAGGCCGACUGUCAUGGAAGACUUUGUGGGGGCGGGAACACUUUCAUUAGCCCACAAGCUGUGAAGUUACCUCCUGUAACUGUAAGAGAAGAAGACACAGCAUGACAUUGUCACAUUUCACAUAAUUAGAAAAAUCUGUCAAAAAUGUUUUCCCACCGAGGUGAAAGGGCAUUAGUCUCUAACCAUGACCCUCAGCCAAGAAUCCACAAAUGCUGAAGUGUUAUUUUGAGGAAGCAGUUGUAUGUACAUAUGUACUGUCUGACAAAUAAAUAAAAAAGUAAAUGGCCUGUAACGUGGCGAGCCGCUGACAGCUGUUCUGUGGGUUUGGCUGGGAGAAUGAAGUGUACGUGCAUACUGUAGCUCUGUCAUAUGUUCAUGUAAAGAUCUCAUGUGUUAAGACGUUUGCUCAUCUGCUGUGGCACCCGGUCUUGUGACAUCACCUCCCUCCCUGCACCCAUCGUUUGAAAUCUUUGGUGGACUUUUCAUCAGCCCGAGCCCUAAUGUUGUCCUGAUGCUUGUUUUAGAAGAGGGUGAUGAAAUUAACAUCUGAACCUUGUAUAAUGUGCAAAAGAAUUUCUAUUAUUUAUUUUUAUUUUAUUUAUUUUUUUCCUUUUUCUGGACUCUUUGGUCUGUUUUUCUUUGGAAUGGUCACU